GGGGAAUCCCGCUAGUGUUUAGACCGCUCUUCGGCGCAGCGGCCAGGCAGAGCGCGCCACUCUUUCGUCGGUGCAGGACGUGCGCCCAGCCAGGUCGGGUAGAGUCGAGUCCAGUCGAGCCAAGCCAAGCCAAGCCAAGCCGAGGCCAGCGGGAGUCGCGCCCAGCCGAGACCCCCCGUGCCCCGCGGCCCCAGGAUCCGCGCAUCCUCUGCCUUCCCGCUCCGCGUACCAGCCUUGCAGCCCCCGCCUCGCCGGGACCCUUGGGUGCAGCCCGCGGAUCGCCCUUGCUGCCGAGCCAACAUGCCCAUCACUCGGAUGCGCAUGAGACCCUGGCUAGAGAUGCAGAUUAAUUCCAACCAAAUCCCAGGGCUGAUCUGGAUUAAUAAAGAGGAGAUGAUCUUCCAGAUCCCAUGGAAGCACGCAGCCAAGCAUGGCUGGGACAUCAAUAAGGAUGCCUGUCUCUUCCGCAGCUGGGCCAUUCACACAGGCCGAUACAAAGCAGGGGAAAAGGAGCCAGAUCCCAAAACGUGGAAGGCCAACUUUCGAUGUGCAAUGAACUCCCUGCCAGACAUUGAGGAGGUGAAGGACCAGAGCAGGAACAAGGGCAGCUCUGCUGUGCGGGUGUACCGGAUGCUCCCGCCUCUCACCAAGAACCAGAGGAAAGAGAGAAAGUCCAAGUCCAACCGCGACACUAAGAGCAAGGCCAAGAGGAAGUCAUGUGGGGACUCCAGCCCUGACACCUUCUCUGAUGGACUCAGCAGCUGCACCCUGCCCGAUGACCACAGCAGCUACACCGCUCACGGGUACUUGGGGCAGGACCUGGACAGGGAGCAGGCCCUUACUCCAGCACUGUCACCAUGUGCCAUCAGUAGCACUCUCUCGGACUGGCACCUACCAGUGGACAUCGUGCCCGAUAGCACUAGUGACCUGUACAACUUCCAAGUGUCACCCAUGCCUUCUACCUCUGAAGCUGCAACAGAUGAGGAUGAGGAAGGGAAGAUACCUGAGGACAUCAUGAAGCUCCUGGAGCAGUCGGAGUGGCAGCCCACGAACGUGGAUGGGAAGGGGUACCUCCUCAACGAGCCUGGAGUCCAACCUACGUCAGUCUAUGGAGACUUAAGCUGCAAGGAGGAGCCAGAAAUUGACAGCCCUGGGGGUGACAUCGGGCUGAGCCUGCACCGCGUCUUCACCGAUCUGAAGAACAUGGACCCCAGUUGGCUGGACAACUUGCUGCCCCCCGUCAGGCUGCCCUCCAUCCAGCCCAUACCCUGUGCACCGUAGCUGGACCCCAGCCCUUCACUCCUAGGCAAUCAGGACCUGGUGUCAUGGUGGCUGUGUGCGGAAAAGCUGGACCCUGUGACCCCUGAGUGUGGCAAAUCAAGACUACUCUGCGAGAACAGCACCUUCCCCCCUUGGGUCAGUGGCUACUCAGGACUUGCAGGCUGGGGCCCAGGCUUGUCCUGUGGGGUGAAGCUGAUUUAGCCUCUUGGGAAGAUGGCAGAGGUUCUGAGAUGGUGACUCCGGUGGAGACUGGGACAGGAGUGGCCUCCUACUGGAGAGGGUCUCAUGGUCCUGAGCUGGUCCCCAGGAAAUAGAUCGGUGAUCUUAGAAGAGCACAGCGCCAAGCCCAGGCUGGCUCCGCCUAAGAGACAAUUGCACUAAUUGAGUCUUAGUCCCAAAGACGCACCUUCCUUCCCAGCUGCGCCCCGGGGACUGUUCCAAAGCCAGUGAAAUGUGAAGGAAGAAGGGAUCUGGUGUGGUGGCACCCCGCAGCCCCAGAGCAGCCCUGCUCCCUGUUCCCUCCUCUGGCCGAGGGCUUGGGAACAAACACGGCACUUUCUUGUGGACCUUGCCACAUUUCUCAUCUGAGGUGUACACUAAUGUUUGCCCCCAGCUCUUGGCCUUUGUGUUUAUUUAUGUAGUGCCUUGCCCAGUGCCCACCACCCCGCUGAAGCCCUGGCGCUUCCAGGGAGGGAUGUGUGAGCGCCUUGGUGUGACAGAAUUGGAAAUGCCAUCAAACCACCAAGUUGUCUGUGACCAAAUAUGGACACGUGUGUAAAUAUGUACAUUUAUCUUUUUAUAAGAAGUGCCUUGUUUAUAAGGGGCUUGGCCUUUCAUUUACAAGGAGAUUAUAGUUGGUUUUACUUUC